ACUUUGUGGUCACCUGACCUGAGUGUAGUCAGCUGUGCAGGACGUCGCAAAGAUGGUGAUCUUCAGUGUGUAUGUGGUGAACAAGGCUGGAGGUUUAAUCUACCAAUAUGACAAUUAUGUCCCCAGAGCGGACGCCGAGAAGACCUUCAGCUUCCCUUUAGAUUUAGUGCUGAAGCAUCACGAUGAGAAGGUGGUCGUGUCGUUUGGACAGAGGGACGGAAUCAAAGUGGGCCAUGCUGUGCUGUCCAUCAACGGCGCUGAUGUGCUCGGCAAAAACACGGCAGAGGGAAAGGACAUCCUUGAAUAUUUAAAGGAUUCCUCAAAUUAUCCCGUGUCUAUUCGCUUUGGACGGGCGCGCCUCAGCUCCAACGAGAAGCUGAUGUUGGCAUCCAUGUUCCACUCGUUGUUUGCUAUCGGUUCCCAGCUGUCCCCAGAGGUUGGCAGUUCAGGAAUUGAGAUGCUGGAAACGGACGUGUUCAAACUCCACUGCUACCAGACUCUCACCGGGAUAAAGUUCAUCGUGCUGGCGGACCCCCGGCAAUCUGGAAUAGAUGCUCUGUUGAGGAAGAUUUAUGAGAUAUAUUCAGAUUUCGCCCUCAAGAACCCGUUUUACUCCCUGGAAAUGCCAAUCAGGUGUGAACUCUUUGACCAGAAUCUGAAGGGUUCGCUGGAGAUCGCAGAGAAAGCGGGCAACUUUGGAGCGGGAUCUUAAAAAGAUUCAAGAGUUAGUUUUCCAACAACAGAUUUACUGACUUCAAAUGAAAGAGGAUUUGUUUUGAUGAUAUCUGACUGGCAAUAGAGUGGUGCAGGGAUGAUGUAUUUUUGUCGUGGACCCUGAAGGACCCCUUUUUUAAUUCACCAGUGAGGUAUUUAAUGACGUAAUAUAUGUCGUAGAACAAAAUGUUUAAAUCUCUUUAGCUUGUGUUAACCACAGACCUUAUUUCAGACUUAAAACCAAAAAUACAUUUAAAAAAAAGAAACAAACGUGGGAACAGGAUCUGAUUUUAGGACUCAUUCCUGCACCACUCUGUUAACUCAUUGUAAAUACAUUUUGUUUUGUAAAUACUCGAAGAUUAAAUAACAUACUGUGUGUAAAA